AUGAGUGACUCCGCCGAGGAAGCCAAUCACAUCGAGAAGCUCUACGAGUUCAGUGAGCGACUUAAUGAGUCUAAGGACAAGUCUAAGAAUGUGAAGGAUUACCAAGGGAUUCUCGAUACGUCAAAGACGAGCUUAAAGGCGAAGCAGUUGGCUGCUCAGCUUAUUCCGAGAUUCUUCAAGUUCUUUCCUGAACUGUAUGGCCAGGCAGUCAAUACUCAUAUUGAUUUGAUCGAGGAAGAAGAGAUUGGGGUCCGGGUGCAAGCAAUUAGGGGGCUGCCACUAUUCUGCAAAGAUACUCCGGAGCAACUCUCAAAAAUGGUGGACAUUCUAGUGCAGCUCCUUGGAGCUGAGGACACUGUGGAGAGAGAUGCUGCACAUAAAGCCCUUAUGUCCAUAGUGAGGCAGGAUGUCAAAGCCUCUUUAACUGCCUUAUUUAAGCACAUUGGGAGCACUGAUGAACAAGGUCCAGAAGAUGUUCGUGAGAGAGUUUUAGGCUUUAUAAGAGAUAAAGUUUUCCCUCUUAAGGCUGAACUCUUGAAGCCUCAAGAGGAAAUGGAACGACAUAUAACUGAUUUAAUAAAAAAGGGCUUGGCAGAUGUAACUGGGGCAGAAUUCAGAAUGUUUAUGGACUUCUUAAAAAGUUUGAGCAUAUUUGGAGAUAAAGCUCCACCUGAACGCAUGAGAGAACUCAUUGAAAUCAUUGAAGGCCAGGCUGAUUUAGAUGCACAAUUCAAUGUCUCAGAUACAGACCACAUCGACAGGUUGAUAUCAUGCCUCUAUAUGGCGCUUCCUUUUUUUCUGCGGGGUGCAUCAGGUAGCAAGUUUCUAAACUAUUUGAACAAACACAUUAUACCUGUUUUUGAUGAGCUUCCUGAGGAACGAAAGCUUGAUUUACUCAAAGCUCUUGCAGAAAUUUCACCAUACACUCUGCCACAGGAUUCACGCCAGAUUCUGCCUUCUGUCGUUCAGUUGUUAAAGAAUUACAUGCCUAGAAGAAAGACUGGAGAAGAGACAAACUUUACUUAUGUUGAGUGUUUGUUGUACACAUUUCAUCAUUUAGCUCAUAAGGCUCCCAAUGCUACAAAUAGUCUAUGUGGUUACAAAAUAGUGACUGGUCAGCCAUCAGAUAGGCUCGGGGAGGACUUCUCUGAGUUGUACAAGGAAUUCACAGAAAGGUUAAGCAACGUGGAAGAGCUAACUAGGGCCACCAUGAAGAAAUUAACUCAAGGUAUGGCUGAGCACAACAAAGCUAUGGCAGCAGCAAAGACAGAUGAAGAAAAGGAUAGCAUAAAAACUCAAAAACAGAAUGCUACUACUGGAUUGCGAACUUGUAACAACAUUUUGGCAAUGACCAAGCCAUUGCAUUCCAAGUCACCACCAUUUAUUGGAGAUAAGAGUGUCAAUCUCUCUUGGAAAGAAGCAGCAAAACCUUCUGUGCCUUCCACUGCUGUAGCAACUGGAGGGAAAAGGCCUCCUACUGCAGCUAAUGGGUCUGGUAACAUUGCCAAAAAAGGCCGCGGAGCUGGUGGCUUUCAAAAUCAACUAGUUAAUAGGGCAUUGGAAGGUAUAUCACAUGGAGGCAGGGGCGGUACAAGAGGCAGGGGAAGGGGCAGAGGCAGAGGUAGGGGUUGGGGUGUACGCGGAAGAGGAAGAGGUUUCCGGUAAAUUGGCUGCAUCUGCAUGAAGAAGGAAAAAAACAAAUUCUGGAAGAGCUGUUCUACACCAGAGGAAUGCUAGUGGGAGUCGUUCAUGUAUUAAAAAAAAAAAAAAUCCAAAUUCUUUUCCGUUGGAGCAGAAUUUCAUACUUAAGAGGGAACUGACACAUUUGCAGAUUUAUUCUGGACUAACACCAACAAACUUAAUCUUGUGGAGCAUGUUUGUGUAGAUUGGCUAGGGAUUAGGGCUUUGUGUUCCUUAUGUGAACCAAUUUAUGAGCUAGUCAAAACCCUAUUGCUGAGCCGAGGAAUCAACUUUGCAUGUUUGUUAGCAGGUGCAUUGUGUAAUUUUCUUUUAGUUAUUGUCAACCUAGAUUGAGAGACAAAAGUGGACUAGCUCCGAUCAUAUAUGUAUGUAGAGUGAGAAUUUGGCCAACUGAGGGCAAAUAUUUUUAACAACUUUGUGGAAUUUUUUA